UGGUGGCGCCCGUUGUGGUGUGUGUACAGCCAGGGUGGUGGAGCCAAGCAGCCAGGACGACGCUGGUACUACCACCACAUCUGCCUCAUCUACACCAUACACCACCAUACGACCACCAUCACCAUACACCACCAUACAACCACCAGCACCACGCAACACUAUAUGUUCAACACACAGGGAGCAGGAGACCCUACACAUCAUCAUACAUCAUUAUACAUCACCAUCUGAGCUACAACAUCGCUACAUCUCUACUACAACUCAAGACGCUUCCUCCUACCUUCCCGACCUGUCAAUGUCAUCUGGACGCAAGGCGGUGGAAUGUUAUUUAAGACAAGGUACUUUCUGCUGCCUAUAACCCAUAGUCUGCGCGUCACGCAUGCGCUCCGCAUGUUUAGACACCUUGUUACCUUCAAGAAGGGAGUGAUAUUCGCAUGGUUCCUUGUGGUCACCGCGCUGGCUUAUAUGUGCCUUCUCUACUUUCAACCAGAAUCACUCUACUUCCUCCUGCCGAACUGCGAUGAGGCACCGUCAACAGGCGCCGAGGAAGCCCUGCGGUACGUCUCCCCGGGUCACUUUCUCAUCGAAGAGGCCGACUUUUGCCGCCGACGUCCCAACCUGUCCAUCGUGGCCUAUGUCCAUUCGUCCAUCUCCUCCGUCGAGAAGAGGAUGGAGACGAGGGAGACGUGGGCGUCGGCGGGAGCCCACGACGCCAGCGUCAGGAUGGGCGUGGUCUUCAUGGUGGGGCGCGCCAAGACUGUCCACGAGCAGAGGGUCAUCACAGAUGAGAGUAGACGCUUCCACGAUAUUGUGCAGGGUAACUACACUGAUACGUAUCACCUGCUGAGCCACAAGGCCCUGAUGUCGCUUCAGUGGGUGUCGCGACACUGCCUCCAUGUUCCCUGGACCCUGCAUGCCGAUGACGACGUCCUCAUUGACACGUUCUUCCUCACCAAGUUCCUCACAACCAACACUACCUCUUACACCAACAAAAUUAUAUGCUACAUCUGGGAGAAAUCAAUGGUCAGGCGUUCGGGGCGCUGGUGUGUGCCGUCAGUGGAGUUCCCAGAGCCCUUCUACCCGCCAUACUGCGCUGGAGGAGCAUGGGUCAUGUCCACGCCUCUUGGUUCACACCUUCUUGAAGCUACCAGCAUUGCCCCCUUCCUGUGGGUCGACGAUGUUUAUAUCACCGGCGUCUUGGCCAAGUAUGCCGUCGUUGGACGCUCCAACAAACUGAAGCAGUACGUCAGGAGAGAAGGCAUUAUCGAAGAGGAUUUAGGUAGGUUGAUGGUGUGGUUCGAGCCUUCAAGCUCCAGAAAGUCUUGGUGGUUGAAGCUCCUGGUUCACCGCAAGUAUCUCGUUCCCUAGCUUCGGUUGUGACUUAGCAGCCCGUCCUCCAAACAAAGACCCAAAGUCCAUUCCAUGCGCUAGCCAAUCCCGCUGUUUAUGAAUGAAAAACGAUUUACACACGACUCACAACUGAUGACGUCCGAGCACUUCCGGAACAUGUGCUUCGGUGACGACUUUUGUUCGAACUACAACGCUGUAAAUGUUUCACUCACGUAUUACAAAUACAAAUAAGCGCCAACAGAACCUAAACACCUAACUUAACUAGUGUCUAAAUAUGAACAGUGUGGUAAUAUAUAAUAAUAUUAAUUUUUAUAUGAGGAAAUUUGUGUUUUCAGCCAAAGAGCCAAAGUGAACUCUAUGAAUGAACGGCAAGUUAAAAUUGAUGAAUACGUCUUUGUGGUCGACCGCUGGAUAGAAUGGAAUUGGACUGAGGACGGGUUGGACUCGGAGCUCCUUCCGUUUUAGAGAGGGACAAAGAAAGCAUAAUAUUUAUUGGUAGCAAAUGUACGUCAAAUGCUACUUUUUUCCGGGAAAUGAUGGGGCUUGAAGGAUCUGAAUAGCAGACGUAAUUGCAGGCAAUGAGUCACAAUAACGUGAGAAUAGUCCAGAACUGAUCGAAACGUCGUCGUCCCUUCACCUUCUAGUGUGUGGUCUGGUCAACAGCAGACGUAAUUGUUUGUUGUUUUAAUCUCAGGACCGCCGAGACGAACAGAAAAGCAUAAUUUGUGGAGAGUAUAAUAGAGAGAUUAUCUGGUUUCUCGGCACCUCAUUAGGAAGAUGUAUUUAAUGUGUUUACAUAUGAGACAACUUAUCGGUCAAUCAGGUGAUUCGAGAUGAAUUUCUCUUCCCUAUCCCAGCAAUGGACAGGUAUUAAGAUCAGUGACUGUAUUACAAGCCGUAUCUAGGGCUCACAAAACAAGAUGAACCUCACAGUUCAUCUCAGGUUGUCACUUUGAGCUUUAUUUGACUGUAUGGCGCCCUAUUUAUGUAUUGUUUUCUCGUCAGUAUUAAAUAAAUAACGGCAUUACAUGUUAAUACUGUUACAAUUUGGAUUUAAUUUGAAAAUAAGGAUAUUGUAUUUAUCCUAAAGUUAGUGUUUACGGUCAAAAUUCGAAUUAAUCCAUCUAUAUGUGUUCCGAUGUCUCCUGAUGCUUAUAGUCUUGGAAAAACAAUCCACUCAUAGCUUAUAUGUCUCUUAAAUUAGUGUACAUUGUUACUCGUUUAAUAUUAAAAACAUUUUAAAUCAUUAUAGAAGUUCGAUGCAAAUAAAUGAACAUUACACAAGUAAAUACUUAUGGGGAGAACUAAAUAUUGUACAUUUUGUUUACCAUAUUUAAUUAUAAAUAUGAAAAUUAUAAAUGAAUAAACAUUAUAGAAUUGUUGAGAAAUUAAGAGCAUCUCAUGUCAACAGAAAUGUGAUUGUUUCAGAACUUUGCAAGUGUUUGGCUAGCGUCCGAGGCUAUUCUUUGAGGCUAGAUUAUCCUAUUAGCUUCUCUUGCUAGUGUUCCAGACUAUUAUUCCAGGCUAGCGUCUGAGAACAGCGUCUCGGGCUAGUGUCUGAAACUAGCAUUGCAUGCUAACGUCUUUGCCUAGCAUCACAGGCUUUCGACUCUGGCAAUUAAGUGUGUUAGUAGUUGAAAACAAGCUGUGUCCACAAUGUUUCCCCUCCUGAUCAUCGACUUAACAAGAUAAAUAAAUAAACAAACAAAUAAAUAAAUAAAUGUGUCAGC